CAACGUGGAAAGUUAAAUAAUCCAGCCACAGCAACAGCAUGGCUCUGUGCUUGACGCACUAAUUUAAAACGCACCUCCGUUGUAUAAAUCUGCGAACAAAACCCCGGCUAGCCACUGAUUUACAAUGCAGCGUUUAGCGGUAUAAAAUAUAAGAGGGCCGACUACUGGAAGUCUCAAGGUCGGAAAUUCUGCGAUUUUUGCAAAUGCUGGAUCGCCGACAACAAGCCGAGCAUCGAGUUCCACGAGAGCGGCAAAAAGCACAAGGAAAAUGUCAGCAAACGACUUCGGGAGAUUCACAAAAACAGUGCGAAACAGGCCAAGCAGCACCGGAAAUUCGAGGAUGACAUUAAGAAAAUGGAGACCGCAGCAAUGGCGGCAUAUCUCAAAGACGUUGAAAACAACACGACUGACCUAACAGCGGAGAGGAUAAUUCGUGAAAAAUUAGCAAACGCAGGAAAAAGCGACACCGCACCAACAAAUGUUCCGAAAGCACCACAGCUGGCACCUCCAGAGGCCAAUCCAAGGUACAACAACAGACAAUUUCACCCUACAGUCAGAGACACGCAAACACGUGGAAAUAAAGGGAAUCGAGGAGAGCGCCAAUUCGACAUCGAUCCAUGCGAUCCUUCUUCGUCCUCUCAACCCAGAUCAUCCAGCCACAAGGCGGGAUUACCUGGAGCAAGCGGAGACUCGAAAGCCCAGGGCAAGGCCAAGAUCAAAGGCAAGAGGGGCAAGAAGGGGUCGGAAGACGAUGCAACCAAAGUUAGGAGUCAAGUUUUUGCACAGAAACUCUGGUACGAGGCUGUAAGCCCCGAAGGAUAUACCUACUACUGGCACAUCCAGACAAACGAAUCUGUGUGGGAGCCACCAGCGGAAGGUUUCGCGACGAUCGCCGAGCAGGAGGAGGAAGCCAAGGAGUUGGCUCUGCAGGAGGAAUUGUUGGCCCAAAUAGCCAAGGACGAGGAGAAGAAGAAGGAGGAAACCGCCGAGGAGCGGCGAGCCAACACCGAGAGAGAAAAAUACAAAGAGAUUCGGAAGCAGCGGGAAGAACAAGAACACGCCGUCGAGGCUGAUGACGAUGAGGAUCUGCAAUCACCCAGCGUUCCCUAUAGGAGAGAUUACAGCGUGCCUGAACGGCCACAGCCUUAUGGAACGUGGAAGACCGUGCAAGUUAUCGAGAAGAAGCCUAUCGAUUUGCAGUUACCCAAACAUGAAUUCGUCGCAGUUUCGGUUCCCACGUUGGAGCGAGAAGCGCCCCAGCGAAUUUUCAAAGAGAAAACAAUAUCCAGGAUUGAUGCCGGCGAUAGUGAUGAAGAAAUCGUGCCCCCAACCUUCAAGAAACGCAAGUUUGGUAACAAAAACGUUCGGAAAAGGCUAGACGACGAUUAAACAACCCAAAUUUGAUCCGUUUUUUUUUUUUAUAAAGAAGUAACUACACGCACUUAGGAAUUUCUCGAGAUUUUUCUGCAGCUGUGCACUCGUUGUCCUGACGUAAUCAAUUCCCCUUCACUAAUUGACAACUAGUAUUGAUUCAAUUUGCGGAGAGUAUUUUCUAUUCUUUCCUGAAAGAAUGGGCAACCUCGUAAAGUCGAGUUAGCGAAGAAAACUUUUGUACAGAACACUCUGUAAGAAGUUUUAAUAAUUCGAUUGUUUUUACUUUUAUUUCGUGAUCUGUUUACUAGUGACGUUUCUCUUCCACGGAGUCCUUGCUGUUUUUCAGUACUUUUUAUAAAUGAAUCAACAGUACGUUGAAUAGUAUGAUAUUUCGAUGUGCGGCCAUUUUAAGAAGUUAAGACUGAAAAUUAUAGACAAAUGACUGAAAG